UUUGUUUUUUUUAUUCGCGGCUCCGAUGAAUAAAAAGCAAGCGAGUGAAUAGGGGCAAAGGAAAUCGCAGCUGGGCGAAGAAUGUCAAAUUUCUGAGCGAAAUCGUCGCGUGUUGCCCUCGAGUGAGUCAACUGGGUCCAGUUGGAGAGAAAUAUUCAUGAAAAUGGCAGCUGAGCACCAAAACGGCGACAGCCACAGCGAGCUGGACAUCGCCAAUGACCUGACCUACGAGCUGGCUAGAGAAAUAAUGCAAGCGUUGAUUGACGCCCUGAGUGAACCGGAAAACGUAAAGAUGCUGAAAGAAAUCAGAGAUGAUUGCAAAAACGACGCCCUUCGAGUGAUGGUCUACGUCUAUCCUCAAGUAGUUUCCAUCAAAAUUAAAGCGAUUGAGAAGUACGGAGUCCACGGGGCACAAGGUUUAAUUAGAUUCAUAACGCACAUAAAAGAGAUGAUGAAGCUGGACCCAGAGCUUUUGCAGCUCUACAGACAGCUCCAGGCGAAGUCGUUUUUGUUCGACAGCAGUCAACUUUCCUCCUCUGGUUCCUCAAACAAUAACCCCCAGGGGCCAUCAAUAAGCCAAGUCUAACAGCAGAUUUUAAUAUAUAUUUUUUGUAAAUUAUUUAUUCCCUGUCUUGGUUUCACUCCUGCAUUUUCACAUGACGGUGUAUUGAUGUAACUUUAUACUAAAAAAUUCAAAAUGCAUAAAAAUAACAAUGGAACCAGUAAGAUUACUUAAAAAUGUCGUUCUUGAAAUGUAGAAUUAUUAUGAUCUGGAAAAAUGUGAUGUUGAAAAUAAUUUCUGUUUAGAAAAAAUGACUUAAUUUUUCGUUACCGCUUGAAAUGAAAAAUAAAAAAGUAAUAUGCGCAAAAACGUUU